AUGACGUCGCCGUUGUUGUCACCGUCUUCAUCUAACCGUAGAAAACGCCGUCUCACUCACUUCUCCUACACCGUACUAGCUUUCAUCCUACUCUCCGCCUUCAUCUACGGCCACGAUCUCGUCUCUUUAUCCCGCCGAUCUCUUCACUCUCCCACGAUUUUUCCCCAAUCCGCAAUCCUCGUUGUUGCGGACAAACCUCCAUCUCCUCCACCACCAUCUCCUCCGCCUCCGUCUCCUCCACCGCCAUCUCCUCCACCGCCGGCUUUUGCGGUGGGAAAGACGCCGGAAGGAUGCGAUGUGUUCAAAGGGAAUUGGGUCAAAGACAAGUCAACGCGUCCGUUGUACCGAGAAUCCGAGUGUCCCUACAUUCAGCCGCAGCUCACUUGCCGCACGCAUGGCCGUCCCGAUAGCGACUAUGCUUCCUGGAGAUGGAAGCCUGAGUCUUGCUCGCUUCCCUCGUUUGAUGCGAAGCUGAUGCUGCAGAGCUUAAGAGGGAAGAAGAUGAUGUUCAUCGGCGAUUCCUUAAACAGAGGAAUGUACGCUUCUCUGAUCUGUCUUCUCAAUUCACAAAUCCCAGAAAAUUCCAAAUCCAUGGAUACAUUUGGUUCCCUCACCGUCUUCUCCAUCAAGGAUUACAAUGCAACGAUCGAGUUUUAUUGGGCACCGUUUCUUCUUGAAUCGAACUCAGAUAACGCUACGGUUCACAGAGUAACAGAUCGGAUUGUGAGGAAACACUCGAUCCAGAAACACGGUAGGCAUUGGCGAGGCGCUGAUGUAAUCGUGUUCAACACUUACUUGUGGUGGAGGACUGGCUUCAAGAUGAAGAUCUUGGAAGGUUCGUUCAAGGAUGAGAAGAAGAGAAUUGUUGAGAUGGAAAGCGAAGAUGCUUACCGAAUGGCGCUCAAGACUAUGGUUAAAUGGGUGAAGAAGAAUAUGGAUCCAUUGAAGACGAGGGUGUUCUUCGCUACUAUGUCCCCUACUCAUUACAAGAGCGAGGAUUGGGGAGGCGAGAAUGGGAACUGUUACAAUCAAACGACACCGAUCCAAGACAUGGACCACUGGCCAUCAGACUGCAGCAAAACGUUAAUGAAAGUGAUCGGAGAAGAACUAGACGGGAGAAAGGAUUUUCCGGUGACGGUACUCAACAUUACACAACUCUCCGGCUACCGGAGAGAUGCGCACACGUCGAUAUACAAGAAGCAAUGGAGCCCGUUGACGAAAGAGCAGCUAGCGAAUCCGGUUAGUUACUCAGAUUGUAUACAUUGGUGCUUGCCUGGUCUUCAAGAUACUUGGAACGAACUUCUUUUUGCCAAGUUAUUUUAUCCUUGA